AUGUCAUAUCAUCUGAACUUUACACCAGGCGGCGACAUUGGGGUGGAUAUUACCACAGAGUUCUUCGGUUGGCGUUCGCGCUUCAGUGAGAAACACCGAGCGAGCAUCAAGGAGCGCUUUGACCCGGAUGGCUACAUUUGGAUGGACUGGUUCAGCAUCCCGCAGCACAGUCUAGAGGCACAACAUGGCCAACAACGCGAUUUAGACGGCACGCCCAAAUGGGACGCAAUGCCCAGCCUUGCGACGCAGGAUGACUAUAUCCGCUUGAUCCCAGAGUACGUGGAGGCCUCCGACCUCUUUGUGGUUCUGGCACCACGGUGCCGACACAGCAAUGGACUGCGCUGCUCUUUUGGGAGCUGGACCGAGAGGGGCUGGUGUCGAUUAGAGCUUUGGUGCAAGAUGAUGUCCGUAAAUGUGAAGAUGCCGGUCGUGCUCAUAUCUGGCUCUGACCGGAUCAACUUUGCCAUGCCAAUGCACUGGAUUGAUCAUCCACCGCAUGAGGGGCAAUUUACGAUUGAGGCAGAUCGCCAUUCUGUCAUCAACGUUACUCGGGAAGCUCUGAGUCAAAAGAUGUCUUCCUCGAAAGCAUCCAAGAAGUGGGACGUCUACCGCUACUUUGUUGCCAGGUAUGAGACACUUUCUGGACAUGGGUUUCGGCAACGCACCAAAGACGAGUUUUUGAAGGACUUCAACUUUAGCUCGUUGCAUUCGGCAACGAAUCGCUGCAUGUCUCCGAUGGCGUGUGCGGUGCUAUCCGCAGAUGCAGAGAUGAUUCGGGUGCUUUGCAGUGAAGGGCUGGAUGUGAAUAGGUUUGACGGCGCCAUUCCUGAAGUCAACAUUUUUCAAGCCAUGUCACCCUUGAUGCUCGCCACGAUGCUGGGCUGGCGAAAUGAGACGGUUCUCCUUGCACUCUUGGACCACAAAGCAAACGUCGACGCCACCACCGAGUUCGGUUCUCCACUUCUGGGCUGGUGCAAGUCGGAGCGGACCGUGGAUUUGUUGAUCCACCACCGGGCAGAUGUGAAUCAGCAAAAGGAGUCGGUAUUUCUGCCGCCCAUCUCUUCAGCCUGCGAAAAUGCCGCGCCUACAUCCGUGAUACGUAGCCUGCUGGAGCACAAAGCGUGCGUGAAUCCGCGGAAGAACGGUUUGGGCAGCGCACAUCCCUUGGCAUUUCUCGCCAUGCGCCCGGAAAACUCCAAAAGCCUGGAGGUGGCGAAGCUGCUUUUGGACGCCCGAGCGGAUGUGGACCUGCAGUACCGCGCAGCGGGCGUUUGGCGCACCAGAGAAUUGAUGUGCAGGGCCGGUGUGCGGGUUUUGGGGCCUCGCACGCCCAAGAUUGCCCAGUUCAUCGCCGAAUGGUCCACCACGCCAUUAGGCGUCGCUUGCUUUUUUGGAUGCGAUGAGUUGGUGGAGUUCCUUCUGGAUGCCAAUGCGGACCCUGAGAAACCGAAUGCGCGUGGACAUACGCCUUUUCAACUUGCGCAGUCCGAGUCGGUCAUGAAAGUCAUCCAUCUCCAUCGCACCACGUUCUCUAUUUGA